UAGCUCGUAUUGGCAGGACAUGUUGCGGAUUUUGCGAUCCGUACAACUUUACAGCCUGCUGAGACUCAGAGAAGAGUUGUUACCUCAAUCACACUUAAUGAAGGUGUAGUGCCGACGUAAGAAAAUAAUCUAAAGUCUCUGCUAUGCUAUCUACAUUCAGUGAGACAAUGCUCUCGUAAACUUAUACAACGCCAAGUUGACAAAAGUAAACAGUGAGCUAUUAGCCAGUCUCAGAUUCCUACAGAGCAUUAGUUACUCCGUUUAUAACAGGGAUAAUGUGCAUUUUAUUCCUUCACACUCAGACCUCCUCAACAGCUGGCCGUUUUCGCCUUAUUCUGGCUGCAAACCGUGAUGAGUACUACAUACGCCCAGCUCUGCCUAUUCACUUCUGGAAAGAAGAUGAGACUGUAAUAGGAGGUCGUGACUUGGAGCCUGGUAAAGAGGGAGGCACAUGGCUUGCUCUUUCAGCAAAGAAUGGAAAACUUGGUGCGUUACUCAAUAUCAUGAUGCCAGGCGGCAAGCAUCCUCCACAUCUAUUAGGAAGAGGUAGUCUUCUUGCCAAUUUUGUGCGUAAUAAUGUUUCCUGCAGCAAAUAUCUGCAAGAAGUGGCAGGGAAUGGUGCAAAUUAUCGCCCUUUCAAUCUUCUCACAUUACACUUGAGGAAAAAUGAUGCUGACAUGUAUGUGUAUUCAAAUGUUGGUAGUCAAGGUGAACCCAUUAAAAUAACUGAAAACUGCUUUGGAAUCAGUAACAGUGAGUUCAAUACUCCAUUCCUCAAAGUGACAGCAGGCACCGAAAGAUUUAAACAAAUUGUCCAGAACUAUGGUGAUAUAACAAACAAGGAUUCCCUAAUAAAUGAACUGCACACUUUUCUACAGUGGAAGGAAAGUCAUUUUCCUGACCCUGUACUCACUGAACGUGCCCCUCAAGUGACACCAGAAUUUCUAUUGCCACUAAGCUCAGUAUUCGUAAAUAAUAUGAACCGUUCAUAUGGAACAAGAGCACACAGUAUAAUUCUUAUGGAUGAUGAAGGACAUACUGACUUUUACGAGUGGUCAAUGAAAUGCCCUAUUGAGGCUACCAAUCCUGUUUGGGAAUACAAUCAUCUAACAUGUCAAGUACAUUUGCAGUAAAUAGGAAAUAAAUAGAUACUUUUAUUAUUACACAGCCCUUCUCAAUCAUUUCUCAUAACUGUGUCUCAUAUUUAUGGAUGAAAUUACAAAUAGUGUUAAUAAAAAGUCUAAUUUUAUAAUAGAAACUAAUACAAAAAUUUGAAACUUUGGGCAUAAAAUUAACAAUGGAAUGGAUAAAGACAACUACUCACUGUAGUGCAGAGACAUUGUUGAUAGUCACAUAAAAAAGAAAUUGAACAACAUUGUUCAGCUUUAAAACUUGUGUUAUUCUUCAGAAAACAUACAAGGACUAGGCGGAAAGGGAGAGAUAGCAAUGUAAAGAAAAGAAUAUGGCACCAGAGACAGCUGUCCUGAUGUGGGAAGAGCUAGUUGUGUAUAAUGGGAAUGAGGGGUGAAAUUACGAGGGGAAGACGAGUCAGAGCAGAGGGGACCUGCUGAGGAAAGUGCUGUUGAUGGUCUACAGACCUACAAAUCUAACUAAAUGGCUGUUAGUGGAAAGUGAUAAACUGAUGGUGCAUAUGCUUAUGUGGGGAAAAGGGGUGAGAAUGGGGUGCAGAAAACAGGGUGACAACAGGAGUUUGUUGUAGAACACAAUAUAUCCAGUCCACAUGUUAUAAAGGUGUUUUGCUCCCCUCCCCCCAAUCCCCUCCCCUGCACAACACGCACAGCUUAUGUCUAAAAUAUGACGAUGAAAAGCAUAUAGAAGAGGUUGACAGUGUUAAAUUCUUUGAAUUAGAACUUGAAAAUACAUUAUAUUGGGAGGUUGUACCACUGAAGUGCUGAAGCAUCUAAACAAGCUUUUAUUUGCAAUGCAGAUGUUGUCAGAAAUAUAUGUCACAAAAAUAAACAAGCUAACAUAC